ACUGGUUGUUUCCACUUGACCGUGAGCAGGUCCGCUCGGGCCAAGUGAUGAAAGUUAAGUGGCGCUGACUAAGGUCGUUACCACUCUCCUUGCCAUACGCAUCGUCCGUCGCGUUCAGUAGACGAUGACCACUCGGUGGCGUCGCAUCGUUUUUCCCACGAAUACCUGAAACGCUUCCGAAAAGGACAUGUGGCCGACGCUGCGACUGGGAUUAUUCCCGUUGCUGCUGGCCACAAUCGUCUACCAAACCGACGCCUUGAACUCGGACCACGGUGCCUGGACCCAGGCCACGGAAGGCGAACCUUGGCCUAUGCCCAAUCUGAGACGCGUUGGCAACUCUUUCUACUUGCUGCGAGCCUCAGUUUUCCAGUUCAACGUCGUUGGCGAGACUUGCGAUAUAGUGGUCGACGCGAUCGAGAGGUACAAAGCAAUCAUUUUGACGGAGGCGCGAAAAGCAGCAAUCUUUUCGCAUGGGCACGAUAGAUCCACACCAGGAAGGGACAAUGGCACCGCCAAAGGUACCCUCGCUGCUCUGGACAUUUAUUUAGGAGAACCUUGCGAAAAAGAUGGCAACCACUGGCCCCAUUUGCACAUGAAGGAAUCAUAUACUCUCAGCAUCAACGAGACGUCUACCGUGGCUAAUCUUGUGGCUGAAUCGGUAUGGGGAAUUCUCCGAGGUCUCGAAACCUUUUCUCAACUAUUGUUCCCUGCUGGUGACAGGCCCAAUCUGAAGAUAAAAUGUCAGACUAUCGUAGACCGACCGAAACUACCCCAUCGUGGUCUUCUCUUGGACACUUCGCGUCAUUACUUGCCCAUCCCCGACAUAUUGCUUACUCUGAACGCAAUGUCAUACAACAAAAUGAACGUUCUACACUGGCACAUCGUCGACGACAACAGCUUUCCGUAUCAGAGCUCCAGCUAUCCGACAUUAUCCGCCAAGGGAGCGUAUCAUCCCUCGAUGAUAUAUACCCCAAACGAUAUCCAGACGAUCGUUGACUAUGCCAGGUUGAGGGGCAUUCGAGUAAUGCCGGAAUUCGAUACCCCUGGACAUACCAGGUCAUGGGGUUUGGCUUAUCCCGAGCUAUUGACUCCUUGUUACGAUACGAAGGGCAAUCUAAACGGCAAAUUGGGCCCUAUGAAUCCGACGAACGCCAAUCUCUACGACUUCCUGCGAAAUCUAUUCUCCGAGAUCGUGCAGGUAUUUCCAGAUCAAUAUGUCCAUCUGGGCGGCGACGAGGUGCCCUUUGAUUGUUGGAAGAGCAAUCCUGAAGUCAACGCGUACAUGAAUGCGCACAAUAUAUCCAGGAAUUACGCGCGCCUUGAGGGAGAAUACAUAUCCAAGCUUCUUCAGAUCACCGAUUCGCUGCAAGCAAAUUCCAUUGUGUGGCAAGAGGUGUUCGACAACGGCGUCACUCUGCCAAACACCACAGUGGUCCACGUGUGGACGGGACUCUGGUCAAAGGAACUCGAAAACGCGACCAAAGCGGGACAUCCGGUGUUGCUGUCAGCAUGCUGGUAUCUGGAUCACAUUGCUGGUGGUGGCGAUUGGAAGAAGUUUUAUAAAUGCGAUCCGCUCUCAUUUAAUGGCGCAUCGAAUGUAAAACAUUUGAUGCUCGGCGGAGAGGCCUGUAUGUGGGGAGAAUACGUCGACAGGAACAACGUGCAUCCUAGAAUAUGGCCGCGAGCCAGCGCAGUCGCGGAACGUCUUUGGAGCAACAACAGACAGGACGAGAACAAAGCUGCCCAGCGACUAGAAGAACACGCUUGCCGCAUGAACAGACGCGGGAUUCCUGCUCAACCACCAAAUGGACCUGGAUUUUGCGUGACAUGACAGAGGAUCGAUGAAAACGUCCACUUUCCAAACUCUAGAAAUUCGCUUCCCGCGCAUUUAUUCUAAAUGCAACGUAUAACUCGUCGGAAAGAAAUCGUAUAGAUUUGCACAAUUCCGACUCUGUCGAAUGUAUCAGAUCAAGUUUUUCCUAUCGUUUUACA